AAAAGAACCAAAGACAAUCCGAUAUCAUGCAAAUUCAGCAAAUGCUGAAUUUUCAUUUAUUGAUAUUGAUUUUUAUCCUAAAAUUAUAUCGCAACAAUCUACAGUACAGGCAGAAUUAAUUCAAUCAAGAAUUCAACCACAAA